AUGGUGGUAGCUUCACCCAAUUCAAUCCAAACCGAAAAGAUUGUAUCCAUCAACCUUCCCACCAUAGACUUAUCCAAAGAAAGAGCAACGGUUGCAAAGCUGAUCGUGAAAGCCAGCGAAGAGUAUGGAUUCUUCAACGUCAUCAACCACCGGAUUCCUCAACACAUAAUAGACAACAUGGAGGAAGCCGGCUUCGACUUCUUUGCGAAGCCGGCUUCCCAAAAGGCGAAACUUGCAUCCAAUUACGAUAGCGUUCCGCUAGGUUAUGGAUGCAAGAACAUAGGGCUCAAUGGCGACGUUGGUGAGGUGGAAUACCUCCUUUUAAAUGGAAGUGCUUCUCAUAUUUCUAAGAUCUCCACAACCAUCUCCAAUGACCCAUCAAACUUCAGGUAUAGGGUGGUGAGUGCAUACAGAGAUGCAGUGGAGGAGUUAGCAUGUGAGAUAUUGGAGCUGAUGGCAGAGGGUUUGGGGGUCCCCAACACUUCCAUCUUCACAACCUUCAUCAACCACCCUGAUAGCGACUCACUCCUCAGAUUCAAUCACUACCCCCCACUUCCACCUUCUCUUGCCUUUGGGGACCAUUCUGACCCUCAGAUCAUAACCCUUCUCAGAUCCAACCCUGUUUCUGGCCUCCAAAUUUCCCUCCAACAUGGUCUGUGGAUCCCAGUCCUUCCUGACCCCAAAGCUUUCUCUGUUAACGUCGGUGAUUUAUUACAGGUUAUGACAAAUGGAAGAUUUGUGAGUGUCCGGCACAGGGCGGUGACAAACUCAGAGAAGGCAAGAAUGUCAAUAGCAUAUUUUGGGGCUCCGCCACUCAAUGCGUGUAUCGUUGCUCCGCCGGAGAUGGUUACACCAGAGAGGCCCUCCCUUCUGUUUAGGGCAUUCACUUGGGCUGAGUACAAGAAAGCCACCUACUCUCUUAGGCUUGGAGACACCCGCAUUGACCUCUUUAGGAAUUGA